UAAGACAAGCAACAACAAAACAUUCACAACACAAAGGAGAUCCUGAUUAUUUACUGUUAAUGGAUAGCACCAAAACUCGGGUUUUUUGCCUUUCUUUGACCCAAUUAAUCCGCAAAAUGUGGCUUUUUGACCUUUACAUACACCCGACAAAGAAGUCAUUGACUGUCAUUGACACUGCUCACAUUGUAAUGCAAUACAAUAUUGCAUUUGAGACAGUAUAUUAUGUUAUAAUAAACAGUGAGUUGUGAAUUAUAGUAUCUAGUAUCUGAAGUACACCUAAAAUAAAUCAUUUGAUGGUCAGGCUUCAUCUGUCUAUUAUAGUUACAUUUCGAGUGAAGUAGAUUGUAAUUGAAAUAAUUGUAAUUGAAGCCAGAAAACAAUCACAGUGAUCUUGAUUUUGGAUAUCGACGUUUAUUUAGUUCGACAAAUUCCAUACCAGACUUGAAUUACAGCGUGUUAUAUGUCAAAUCACAUGAGGAAAGUAUUGCCUUGGUUUUUCCGUUCAGUACGUAGUACGACGUUACGACGUACAACAACAGAACAUUGAAUUAAACAAUGCAAUUGUUGUAAGUUUUAAUUUACUUGGGUGAAAGCCAGCGCACCACUAUUUCUCCGCCUUCGCUGAAUGAAUGCGCGCUCCCGCGGCCAGGGGAAGCACUUUCUGUCGGGGAUACCUACAUUGGCACGACAACUGUCCAGAGGUUUUUUGUCUGUUAUAAGAGAAAAAUACGAGUUUAAAAGAGACCCUUGAAUGCAGCAGGAGAGGCGCGUCUCAGAGAACAGCAUAAACUGAAGUCUGAGCGCACGGUCUCACCGAUGUGGAUGGAGGGGAAAAACAAGAGCAGGACUGUCAUCAGCUACGGGACCAGCUCUAAGAUGGUUGACCCAGAUGUUCCUACAUGGCAGCUUUUACACACAGUUCAACAGAGAAAUGUUACAACUGCAGCUGCCACUCGUCCGUCUCAAACAGAUGACUCUUUGACCAAGAGCAGUGGAAUCAUCCCUGGUGCAAUAGCGGCCACAGUGUUCAUUGCCUUUUUACUUGCUCUCUACGCUGUCCUCUGGAAGUGCAUGGUGUCACCACCACAACGAAAGCACAGCAAGGUGAGGGUAAGAGUACAUCAGAGGACUUCUGUAUGAGGACAGGCAUCUGUUCAGUGGGCCAUUUUGGAUCUUAAAGGCGCGGCCUAAAAUCUGAGAGCAGACUUUGCUCCCAUGCAGGCAGCUGAAGAUCCUCCUAAUAGAUCCAAAGAUCAAACCACAAAAAAACAAAAACUGACUCAACUGAGUGGAUGUGUCACCUCUUUCCGUCUGUUUGCUGCUUGACCCAAAGCUCCAUGUUGAUUUAAAACACUUUUUUGGCAGGUCAGAGUGUGCUGCUUUUUUCAGUUUUUUCCUGUGAUCUCUGCACUACUGAGGGAUGAGGCGGCUCAGGUCACAGCUCAGUCCAGUGACCAAAGAGCUGUGCGUGCGUGAGAGAGAUCCAUUUUUCUUAAAGAGUUGUGGGGAAAAUCCCUAAAGCUGCCAGGAGUUUCAGGACAAUCAACCAAUCACCUCUGUACUUCAGUCUCUAAAUAGCAUUACUGUGGAAAUCUAGAAUGAAAUCCACACAUUCUAUUUACUUUGCUCAGGAUGUUGUUACUACUGUAUGACCUUAUACUCUAUUAUAAACUGUGACUUGUAUUUUUUUACAUUCACAUUUAGUGGACUGUGAAUAUAAAUAAAUGGUAUAGAACUUUAAA